UUACGGUCGUAGUGAAGGAACACCGACUGAAAAAGGAUUACGCAUUGAUGCACAGGCUGCAUUGAACUAUAUUAAAAAGAAUGAAGUAUUUAAAGAUACAAAGCUUAUAAUUUACGGACAAUCAUUGGGUGGAGCCGUCGCAAUUGAUUUGGUUUCAAGAUAUGAAGAACAAAUUGACGCAUUAAUUAUUGAAAACACAUUUUUAAGUGUG